AUGGAGGUAAUGAGAGCUUCAUCUGUAGUUAAGUCCAAUGCUUGGGGCUUGUUGAGCUUCCAAACCCAAAAGAAAAAGUUGGGUCUGAGGAAAAAGUAUAUGGAGAGCUGUAUCAAAGCAAGGUAUGGAGAUUAUGACUGUAGCGAAGGGCCUAGCUUGGUAGACGCAAAUAUAUCUAUUCUGAGAAGGCGAGUAUACGAGCUCAAGUUGCAGGAAAGCUGUCACAACCCUCCUCAGGAAUGGAUGGAAUGGGAGGAAAACAUUCGCUCUGAUUAUUACUCCACUAUUUCUCAAGCAACCGGGAUUUUGCAGUGGUGUUUAAUGAGUACUAGGCCCAGCGUUGCUUUGGCUGCUUUGAGUUUGGUGCUAAUGGGCGUGGGCACCUCACUCACUGUCGAUUUGCUUAUGGCAUGGAGUAAUGUGGAUAUGUUUCUCCACAAUUUAUGA